AUGGCACUGGAUAGCAAAGUUUGCGUCGUUGUUGGUGCUAGCGCAGGGAUUGGCAGAGCUAUUGCCUUGCGAUUUGGGCAAGAAGGGGCCAAAAUAAUAGUGUGUGCCAGAAGAAUGCAUUUACUAGAAGCCCUUACAAAAGAAAUCGGAAGUAAUGCGGUUGCAAAGCAUUUGGACGUUACCAACCACGAAGAGGUUCAAAAAACGUUAUGCAGUAUUUUUGCUGAGUUUGGGAGGAUUGAUAUCCUUGUUUAUGCUUCUGAUAUCUUUGCAUACUCCCUUAUAACAAAUAAGUUAUUCGAUGAAUGGUGGACAAUGAUCGCCACCAACUGCCAGGGUCUAGUUGAUGUUGUUGGAUCAGUUUUUGCCGAAAUGCGUAGCAAAAAUCUAACUGGCAACAUCGUCGUCAUUAGUUCGGAUGCGGGUCGAGUGCCUUUCCCCGGUCUAGCUGUCUACUGUGGAACCAAGUUUUUUGUUGAAGGGUUUCUACGCUCACUUCGUUUGGAGUCCAAGCCCAACGAAAUCGUUAUCACCUCAAUACAACCUGGUGACGUCGCAACUCCGGCACAGCAGUGGACCACUGAUACUGAGGCGGCCCAGCUGUUUUCCCCGCUUAACCGACCUCCUGAAGAAUGUCAAAAGGCAUGGGAGGCGAUGCUAAAACCCCAGCAGGUUGUCGAGGCAGUAUUGUUUGCCGUCUCCCAGCCGAAAGGCACCGCUAUUAACGAGGUGCUAAUCGAGCCAAUCACAGGCACAAUUGCAACAUUGAUGCACUCGCUACCGGAACCUGGACCAGUAGAGGUAGACCUGCAGAGUGGACAUGUUUCGCUGUUCAAAGACAGUACCAUCACUAGUCCUACCUGCUGCUUAAAAGACUUGCUGAAACGGUUGCUAGCCGAAUUGCCUAGCAAAAGGCCCUCUAUAGCCGAGAUCUACAACUGCCAUAUCUACCGUGACACGGGCGGAAAGUUACGACGUAUCAGUGAUACAUCUCCUAGCUCUUCACAUCUACGUUACUUCAGUCAAAUUCACAGUGUUGUGUCGAGGCUCUACACUAAGAGACAUUUUGUGCUGCAUCACCUUUAG